UUCCAGUGAAAAGAGGGCGGGACUUUUUUCACAAAUCACAAGUCAAAGCACAACAACAGACUGGUGAGAAUAUGAGGAAGCGUUGUCUUCUCUAAAAGUCUGCCAUUGAAAAAACGUUCUUCUCUGGAUCAUUACUAAAACCAAGAUUUGUGUUUUUUCCAGCUAAGAGAUGUUUGCCACAGCCACCAAAAACUUUGUGGAGGAGGUGGAUGCUGGAGGUUUGCUGAUCCCAGUGUCCAGCCUGAAUGACACGAUUGACCUCUUGACAGUGGUGGUGAAGCGUAAGCGUUUCUGGUUCUGGCAGAAACCGAAGUAUUUUCCUACUGAUUUCAAUUUAAACGAUAUACUAACAGGAGACACAGCUUUAAAGCCUGGUGUCACUGAGUCAGACUUCAUCACAUACAGUGGGACAUACGGUGACAACAUGCAAGGAUCCCUAGAAAUGUCAGCAAAUUUAGUCAAAGCCAACAGCAAUUUGAGCCUGGAGGGUAAAGAAUCAUCCAAACUCCAGUCCUCCUUUGGCAGUUUAAAGAAGGAGGAAGUGGAUGUGAAGAAGCUGCUGCAAGACUCCAAAACCAGGGUCCUGGAUAUGUCCCAUUGCUUGAUCCAGCAGGCGAAGGAGAAGCACAGACGGGUGUUUGGGAUUGUGAAGGAGCGGAUUUUGACUACUCAGCCCUGUUCAGUCAUAGAGGAGGUGCAGCAGGCAGCUCAGUGUGCAGGAGGACUGAGCCUCUUUGGGCCACAGAGCCUAAAGGUGUCGUUGAAAGAGAAUGGGAGCUUGAGUAAAGACAGUAACAUCAACAUAGAGAUUCCCAUCCACACUACCAUCGCCUAUGCUCUUAUAGAGCUAGAAAUUAAACAGGAUGGACGCUAUGGGCUGUGUCUGAUGUCAGGCACCAAUGGGGGUUUUGAAGCAGAUGGCCCUGGAGACUCUUUUUCUGAUAAUCGCCAUCUUAGACAAGAGCUGGAGGAACAGAGCGAACUUUUCCAGGUGCUUUCUACUCUUCCUGCCACCACAAGGUCCUCUCUUCUCGACCAAAUCAAAACAGUUAUGAAUGACCCCGGGGCCAUCAGUGCACUGCAGAUAGUGCUGGAUAAGGUGUGCCAGGAUGAGAAUCCUGCUCUGGGUGAUAUAACAGCAACAGAGUCCCAAAAACAGAACAUCCAAGCAAUUCUGGACCUUUUGGAGCAGGCUGGUGAGGAGUCCAUACAAGUCCUUCCAGCCCUUUACCUUGUCACUAGCGCCAUGAAUGAGCUCACAAAUGAUUGUCUUGCUUUUUUGGGAAUGUGCUGCAGCCUCUCAUUGUUACAGGCUCUGGAGCUACUGGUGCAGUGUGUAUUGGGGAAGGGGGAGUUGCCUCUAAACAGCGCAGGCCUCGCUGCACUGACAGAAGACAACUAUGAAAAGACUGAACAUCUGUUUGCCUCCUCCAAUGUGUCUCUAAAGAGAGACGGGGACACAGUGAAGACAGAAAUACACCGGCCAGGACACCUCCCUCUGGUCCUAUGUAUUGUUAUCAGAGGUCUUGCCUCUUUGGCCUACUGCGAUUAAAGAUUAUAUAUAUAUAUAUAUAUAUAUAUAACCAUAAGCUAAGACUGAGGUUAGGGUUACCAAGCAGAUCAAAUAUUAUUAGUCAGUGUUUUUUCACAUCUUUUUGUUGCUGUAGAACUUCCCCAUUUAAUAUAUUUUUGGAAAUGUAAUGGUGCCAAGACAAAUCGUGAAUCUAUGACAGAUUUUCAACUUGACAAUCAAUUACUUUAGGUUGUGGAAUUAGUCUGAUUUGUGGUUUUAUCAGGCAAACAGAAAUGGAUUACACUUUUAAAAUGUUUGAUUUUGAGAAUAUUACCUAUGACAUAAGGGAUGCUACCCUACAAGUUAUGCGUUACUAAACUAUGCCACUAUCAAACCAAACAUGUGUGAUUAUAAGCAGUCAUGUGUGUGUUAUGUACAUUAUUGUCUUUGUCUUGAAUAUGUUAUGCAGGGAUCGUUGAGUAUUUUAAAUUUUAGAUUUGUUUUCAAUUUGUCCUUUGUAAUUGUGACUCUUUAUUUCAGAUUUUUAUAAUUUAGGGAAAGAUUUUGACUUCUUACUUUCUGCAUUUUUAUCUAUAUGGUGCCAAAAGAUUUCCAAGUAAAAAAUUGUAAAAACUCA